GCCUCUUCACUCUUCUCCCUUCACCACAACAAAGAAAGAAAAAUAAAAUAAAAGAGAUCCAAUAUGGCUGGCUUUUCAAAAUUAGUUGCAACUAUUCUCCUUAUGUUGAUGCUGGUUUUUUCUACUGGGAUGAUAGCAGAGGCGAGGACAUGCGAGUCGCAGAGCCGUCGAUUCAAGGGGUUAUGCUUCAGUAAGAGCAACUGUGGUUCUGUUUGCCAUACGGAGGGGUUUAGCGGCGGCCAUUGCCGUGGAUUCCGUCGCCGUUGCUUCUGCACCAGACACUGUUAAUUAAUUAAUUAAUUAAGCUUUCCUAUCGGAGGGAGUUGUUAUUAAUUAUGCAUGUUUUUCUAUCUAAUAUGAAUUAAUGUCAUGAAAUAAAAAAAAAAUUAUCGACCAUUUGAACUUCAAGAAAUAGAAUUGUUCUUUUUUCUUGGAGAGUUAAUGGUUGCUAUGGUUAAUGUUAUGUGUGGUAAUAUAUAUCGUAUUGUAUUGUA